ACCACGGUUACUUAAUACUGCCAACACAAAUACCAACUAAGUUACUGUAAGAAACGGAUACCUUUAAGAGUACGACGUACCCAUGGGGGGUAAGAAUAAACAGCGAACUAAAGGAAAUGUUCGGCCGUCGAGUAGCGGCCGGGCUGCUGAGGUACUGACCCGGGAGGGUGGUGUCAUCCCGGGGUUUGUGGGCUUUGAUUCAACGGUCACCUCAGAGCUGAGUUACGUCCCCGCUGUCCACGGCGCGGAGGAGAUAGACAACCUGGUAGAUCCUGACUUCCGCCUGGUGCUCAGGAAACUCUCGAAGAGGGAUGUUGUCACCAGACUGAAAGCUGUGCAGGACUUUGGGUCCAUGUGUCAGGAACGGGAUGCUGAAGAGGUUAAAGGGGUCCUGCCAUACUGGCCAAGGAUUUACUGCAAGAUAUCAGUGGAUCAUGAUCGUCGUAUCAGAGAGGCCACCCAGCAGGCUUUUGAGCAGCUGGUGCUGAAAGUGCGUCGCAGCUUGGCCCCCUUUCUGAAGAGCUUGAUGGGCCACUGGAUUUUGUCCCAGUGUGAUACUUACACACCUGCAGCCUCUGCUGCGUGCCAGGCCUUUCAGGCUGCGUUUUCACCCGCUAAACAGCCUGAGGCUCUCAGCUUCUGCAAGGAUGAGAUCUUGAAUGUACUUCAAGAGAUUUUGUUAAAAGAAACGGCAGACACACUGAGCGAUCCACAAAGUGUAACAGAGGAGGAGAGAGAAUCCAAAUAUGUGCGCAUGCUGACCAGCUCUCUGCUGGGGGUGAAGAGACUGCUCUCCCUGCUCCUCCAGAAUGACAGGGAGGCCCUGGAGCAAAGACUAGCACACCUUGUAAACUCUGGGAAGUUCUGGAAGUACAGCAAGCACAAGACACCACAGGUGCGAGGGGCAUUUUUCGAGAUGGUGUGCGCUCUCUGUGAGUUCACUCCAGCGCUGGCGCAGGCUGAAGCAGCGCGACUCUGCCCUGCUGUUCUCCUCAGCAUUGAUGACACAGAUCCUGUAGUGCUGCCUCCUGUGUGGGAAGCUGUUCUUCAUGUUGUGUCUACGAUCCCCGAUUGCUGGACACAUGUGAAUGCCAAGAAGGGCUUCCUACCCAAACUCUGGGCUCUACUAAGAGAGGGGGGCAAAGGGAUGGCUAAAGCUCUCCACCCUAAUCUGAUGCUGCUCCUCAGCAAACUGCCCCAACAGGUCACUGAUCCCACCUUGGACUUCUAUACCACAUUCUUCACUUCCCUCACACAAGGCCUUUCUAGUGAGCGCGCAGCAAUAAGUCCAUCGGAAAGUGCAGUUAUAGUAUCUUCUGUUGUUGAGUGCUUGAGGUACUGCAUACUGCACAACACAGAAAAAGAAGAGGAUCACAGAAAAAUAAGGACCAUGCUUAUUUCACAGCAGCUCUUACCACUACUAGAAAAAGCUCUGGGAAAUCCCUCCCUUCAGAAUGGUCCUCUCUUCCUUUUGGUCACCGAAAUGCUCAUUUCCUGGGAGAAGAGGGCAGGUUUACACAGCGAAGGUGAAACCAAUGACAGCAUGGAUGUCUUCCAAGGGCUUCUGGCAGACUUCUGGGAAGAGCUUGGUCUUCUCUUUGUGCGUUAUGUUGACAAGGAGGAAGCAGACCCCCAGGCAUUGGAAGGGGUAGCCACCUUGCUGCAGGUGAUGCGUUACCCUGAGAGAGUAAACAGAAAGCACAUCCAGAAGAAGAAAUCUGUCAAGAUCUGUUUGUCUAAGCCGGAGGACAAUGAAAAAACCGGAGUUGAGGGGGAUGAUGUAGAGAAGCCUGUGCAGACGCCACCAGAGCUUGCGAAUGAGAAAGCAUUUGGAUCCCUAAAGAUCCAGCGUUUUGAGGAUGUAGUGUGUCAGCUGGCACAACUGUGCCUGGUGCACGUAAUUGAGACAAACUCGGAGAGACAUCUGGUUUUCCUCUCCCUCCUCCUGCGGUCCUUCCACACACAGAGGGUCUUCAGUACAUUGGUGGAGUUGGACGAUAGAAUAACAAAGGACAGUGAGCAGACAGAUGAACUGAAUAUGAAAAAUCCAGCAAUGCAGUUCCUGCUGGAGCGGGUGGUGGUGUGGCUGGCCGAGAAGGGACGCAGAGACACCGAGCACCUGGUGGAGAUGGUCUUUAGCUCACUAUACUGCUGCAGCCGGCAGGAGACCACCCGCAUACUCAACCACAUCACCACGAUGGAUCUACAGUGGGGAAUUAUCCUGCAAAUUGUACAGAAGGCAUGUGCGGAUCCUCAGACUGUUAAGAGCUGCAGUGAUUGGCUGAAAGGUUCAGUUCUGGGCGAGCGGCUGCUGGGAUUGACUGAGGAGCUGUGCAAAGUGGAACGCUGCUCUCCCAGUUCGACCUCCUCUCCAAGCAGCCACAGUUGGAAGCUCAUUAGCCUGGUCCUCUCUCAACACAUCAACAAUGAGCCUCUGAUAGGGGAGGUGUACAUGGAGAAGAUCUUAGAGAAGCUCCACGCCACUCUGUCUGAGACCAAGAGUCUGUCAGAUGCAGGCAACAUGGAGCCACUCAUCUCCUUCAUCUGUGAUGUCGCCUCCACAUUCUUCUCUUCUGUACAAGACUGUCUUCUGCUCCUCUCUGCUGAGGAGCUCUUGCUCAGUGUCUUCCAACUCACCGCCCAAGAUCAAACACACACUCACCUGUCUGACUCACUUUUAGAUAAGCUAAGGAAAGUGUGUGUUGCUGGGGUCCAGUCAUUGGUCCAACACUCGGAAUAUGAAGUCAAGGAAGGCGGUUUCCUGCACAGUGCAGCCGUUUGGGUGAGAAACCAACUACUCACCGUCUCUCUGGACAUUAAAAGUUUACAGGUUCUAGCUCUGGCUGUACAGAGCCUAGUGGAGACAAUCAUAUCUGUCUGCGAUCAAGACUCCUCACUCCUCGUCCAGUUCUUCACCCUAUUGACGCCAAGCCAGACGGAAUGGACAAGAGUCAGGCAGGCCUUACCUCCUCAGUGGAUCAAAACACCGUUAUUGUCCAGCCGUCACAGAGGAGUUUGUGAAAAACCCUCCAUGAACAUCUGGAAGUUUAAGGUGCCAAACGGGCUGCCAGCCCACCUAUGUGCCUGUGCCCUGUUAGGGAGGGUGGCCAGGACUGUUGCAGCCAUACCUCGUGACCAAGAGGAGGCCCAAUGUCAUUCGCACCUGCCAGACCUUAAGUGCACAGCAUCAGAGCUGCUGUAUGCACUGCAGUGGUGUAAGGAGGUAGAGUACAGCCCCACCGUAGUGUCUGCCUAUCACAGCCUGCUGACUGACUGGGGGCUGUCAGAAGGACUCCACAGCGAGGUUUCAAUGAAACGCCUGUUGGAGACUCUCUACUCAAUGUCAGUGGAGGAUGGAGGUCUCUGGUCUCUGACUCUAGAAAACUACAUCCACACCAACAACUUGGCAGCCACUGGCAGCGCAACCGUGAGGAAGCUUUACGGCAGUGUAGACAGUUUGUUCCCAGUGACUCAAAGCAAACUGAGCACGCUCCAGGUGCUCUGUCCCACUAUGACUAUAAAAGACAGAGAGACUCUCGUCGCUCUGGCUACUGCUGGAAUAAUCAACUGGCAAGAGGAUGACAAUGUGUAUGGGUGUCUGGUGGUGCUGCUGUGCUGUCUAGAAGCCAACACAGAAAUAGAAGAGGAGGUUAUGCAGGCUAUCCUGGCCACGGUGAUGGAGUGGAGGAACAGCAAGGAGGACUGGUUCCUCUUUAGCAGUGACCUCUCUAAAGCAACUGCAGAACAGUUGAACCUUGCUGUGGAAAUGAUGCGUUUCCUGUCCUGGCUGGUGGCCCGUUGUCCGACAGUUCUUGGCAGCAGCCAGUGGGACUUCCUGCUCUGCUCUAUGUUAGCCUGGUUGGAGACUGCCAGCGAGAAUGUGAGCAGCCUAUGGAACCCAUGGGUGCAGCUGUUUGUGUGUGAGAAUGCUGCACUGAUAGUGAAGCUGAACCAGUUCUUUGGAUCGUCCUCGCCUGACGUUCUGCAGGAGCUGCCGUCAGAACUGGCAACUGAAUGGACAGAAUUCUUUGUAGAGGGAAUCUACAACCUGCUGUUGCCUCUUCCUGUCAAUAUUACAGAUACCUUCACUGAACCGGAUGAUCCUGCGUUCCCGUCGGCGGUGCUGGAGUCAGCCGGCGUGGCUCUGACAUAUGUGCCUGUGCAGCAGCUAAACCAGAACUCCCUGCCGCCACAGUUCAUAGCAGACCAGAAGACGAACCUGCCAGAGCCCCUCCAGACGCUCCUCAACACGUUCUGUCCUCUGCUGCUAUUUAAGGCCAGACCUCUGCAGAUCACCGUCUACAACCUUUUGGAAAAGGUCAUGCCUCAGCUGCCUGAGUGUGAUGGAGAAGGAGACAACAGCAAAUCUAUUGAUGAUGGAGAUGAGCCAUGUCUUUCUCCUCCAGCUUCUCUUAUGGCCGUCCUGUCGACCUGUGAGGAGCUGUGCGACAAUAUCCUGGCCGGGGUUCAAGUAGGAGAGUUUGCAGUGGUCCAGCCUUUCAGUGUGGAGUACUCCUGCAUCCUGGGUUACCUGCUGGCCUGGAAGCUGCUGCUCACAUUUUUUAAAUCCUCACCCUCUCACCUGCGUGCUCAUUAUGCCCAGUAUCUGAAGAGAAGCUGCUCCCUUAACAAGCUCCUCCUUCACCUCUUCAAACUGAUGCCCGAGAACCCCGUCUACCCAGGGCAGGGGGGAGAGACAAAGGAGACCAAAACCUUCUUUACGGAGAGUCUGUCACUAGCUGUAGACAAAUGUGACUGGGAACUCCCUCACCUGGCUUGCAGUGUAUACUACAGCACAGUGCAGGACUUGCCUGCCAUGGUGCGGCUGUGGUGGAACAGCCAGGAGAAGAGAGUGAGCGCAGCUGUGGAGAAGUUCACGAUUAAAUACGUCAGUCCUGUUCUCUCGGCUCAGGAGAUCUCAUCUGUCCACUCCAGCACUCAAAUGUUUGACAGCAUGACUGUGAAGGCCCGCUCAGCAGCGCGGGAGGUGAUUGCUACCUAUUCUGUGGAUGACAUCUUCAUCGAGUUGGUGAUUCAGCUACCACAGAACUACCCUCUAGGCACUAUCACUGUAGAGAGUGGGAGGCGCGUUGGUGUUGCCGUACAGCAGUGGAGGAACUGGAUGCUGCAACUGAGCACCUACCUCACACAUCAGAACGGCAGUAUAAUGGAGGGCCUGGCUCUGUGGAAGAACAACGUGGAUAAACGCUUUGAGGGAAUAGAGGAUUGUAUGAUCUGCUUCUCUGUUAUCCACGGCUCCAACUACUCCCUGCCUAAGAAAGCUUGCCGCACCUGCAAAAAGAAAUUCCACUCGGCGUGUUUGUACAAAUGGUUCACUUCCAGCAACAAGUCCACCUGUCCACUGUGCAGAGAGACCUUCUUCUAACCCGCCGUCUUGAUUCUUCUAUCAACCAGGACUGGAUCGAUUGUGAUAACAUGCAGAAGGUUGUGAAGAAAUUUAUUACAUCACAAUGUGGGCUGACGUUCUCUCUCUGAGGCUUUUUUUCUGACCGAAAUGACAGGCGUUGUUUGGCUCUUGUCCUCAGUGGAAUCUGAAGUACAAUUAAAAAUCUAGUGAGGUCCAUAUUCAUUAGUGUGGGUUAAAUAGCUGUCAACAGUUUGUUUAGACCAGUGCUUUGCUGUACUGUAUAUACGCAGCAUCAGUAGCUCCCUGCUGAUGUUUUUUCCGUUUUUAUCUUUUUUUUUUUUUUUUUUGACUUAAUUUUUUAUCUCUUGAAACGUGCAGGUGUGCAAAGCGGCUGAAUCACAAAGUUGGGAAAACCAAAGCUGCCCAGGUGUUUUAACAUCUGUUGAAAUAAGUAAUUAUACAAACUGAACAAAAAAAAUGAUGGUCUAAGUAAUGCAAUGCCCAAUACAGAUUUUACAAAUAUUUCCUAAUAUUUAGGAGUGUAAAAAGAUUAUGUCUGAUUAGUGACAUGCCUUAUACCAUUGUCACAUGGUGAGAUCACCUAUGAAAAGCAGGAAGGAGAAACUUGUUUAGGUCGGUUUUUAAUUUCAAAAUGACAUCGCUCAGAGACAUCAAAAACCUAAUAAAAUGCAUCUUCCCCUGUGCCUGCAUACAGCUGUAAAUGAUGCCGGAAAUAAAAUACAAGUGGAUGGAUAUAA